CUCUCGCUGGCAAGUAGGAACCAGGUUUUUUGCUUUGCAGAGAAAACUUUAUUCCAUUAUUUUUCUCGGAAGCCAAACAGUUAUAUUCAGUACAAUGGUGCGUUCCAAGGCUCCUUCAAAGAAGCAGCAAAAGAAAGGCAUAGAUUUCAAAAAAAUAAAGAGAAAGCUUGGACGGAAAUUGCCUCCACCGAAGAAUGCCACGAACACUGAGAUUAAAUCCAAGGCAAUUGUACUUCCUGAGCAGAGUGUGGCAACAGACAAGGAAGGCUUAGCUGUGAGCAAGAAAGGAUUGACUUUGAAAGAACUUCUUCAGCAAACAUCUCAUCACAACGCUAAAGUUCGAAGAGAUGCACUAAUGGGCAUUAAGGAUUUAGUCCUCAAGCAUCCAGCAGAGUUGAGGUUGCAUAGAUAUGCGGUUAUAGAGAAACUGCGGGAGCGCAUAAGUGAUAAUGAUAAAGUAGUUAGAGAAGCAUUAUAUCAACUGUUUAAGUCUGAAAUUUUCCCUGGCUGUGCGGAGGAUAAUCAAGGGCUUUUCAUCUCCUUGGUGAUGACUUAUAUUUUCAAUGCAAUGACAAAUUUAUCAAUCGACAUUCGCUUGAUGGCUUUCAGAUUUUUUGAUCUUGUCGUGCAGUACUAUCCUCCAUGCUUUUCCUUAUAUGCUGAAAAGAUUCUUCAGAGCUAUGAAGAUAUUUUAAGGAAGAACCAGUUUUAUUUAGAAGACAAGGGAAAGCUCAAAAGUACUCUUUCUGGGCUAGUCCGCUGCUUGUCAUUAUUACCAAGUAAAAAGCCAGGAUGUGAAAAGAAUAUUUUAGGAGAGAGGAAAAUUCAUGCUUUUGAGCCUAAUGUGCCUACGGAAAAUACUGGUAUGUGAAAGCUUAAUUCUCCUUGUCCUGUGAUCUUGUUACAUUAUGUUUCUUCUUCAUGUUAGCAUUCUUAUCCUCAAAAUGGCAAUAUUUUGGUUACCAUUGUAGUGAAAGUGCCUAGUAUUGUUUCUGAUGUAUUAUGCCUUGUGUGAGUUUUUCUCACAAAAUCUUUAGUCAUUAGUCAUAUAUUUUUUUUUCACAUCAUUUUCUGUUUGUUUUACUGAAAGUAUUCAAAUUCUGUGUUUGCAUCAAUCUCUUAGUCAUGGAGAAAGUGACUUCCAUAUAUGACAGUCAUCAUUGAAUAUCAUCAUUUUUACAUUUAUAGCAAUAAGAAGUGAUU